AUGCGAAUUGCAUUUAUUUUAUUACUGACAUUUAAAGUUGCAUUAUCUAAAUCUAAGUCCACCAAGAAUAUACACAAAGGACUUAUAGGCAAUGGAGAUAUGUAUAAUGUCGAAGAUUAUCCGUACGUAAUGUCUUUAAAAGUAUUUUUAUCUAAUAAUAGGAUAGCGACUUGCACAGGCUCGCUGUUAACAGAGUUGUUCGUAUUGACUGCUGCUCACUGUGUUUACCGUAAAGACAAAAGGAAUUUAAAAGUAUAUCAAGGUUCAUGGAUAAAAAAUCAAGAUGCACGUAACGUAGUUAAACUAUUCGUACACGAAAGCUAUAACCCUGUAUCUGAAGUUAUAAUUGGAGAUAUUAGUGUAUUGCAAAUAGAAAAACCAUACCCUCAUAUUAAGGAAUAUAUAAGGAUAGGUGGCACGCCUAUUGACUUUGCCAAUAACAAAAUCCUGAAGUGUACAGUUUUUGGCUUUGGUAGUAUUAAUGCUGAAAAUACUUUAGGCAAUGAAUUACUUAUGAACAAAAUUAUGGUUAGACAUGGUAGAAAAGCUUGUGAAUUAUAUGACAGUGUUCAAAUAAUAGACACAUGGCAACAAUAUUUGUGUGUGGUACCAAGCAAGCGAAAAACAUAUGAAGGAGACAGUGGUGGUCCAAUGAUUUGCAAAGGCUGGCAAUAUGGAGUAUGCAGUUUUUCAAUGAAUCUCAAAGGUGAAAAAAUGCAGACUAUCCACGUGUUCGUAGACUAUUAUAGAAAAUGGACGCUUAAGACGUCUGCUGAACUUGAAGUUGUCUAA